AAGUCCGACUCGUUCGCGAGCGUCACAUCACUACUGGAGAGCCCAAAACACCGAGGACCGAGGGCGGCGGCAGUACUCCUCCUCAUUCACUUUAUCACCGAGACACUCCUCUAGAAGCAUCGCACUAAUUAAACCCUAAAGACACAAGUGAUCGGAGACUUCGUCCCUCUGCGUCCAGUGCUUCUCCAGUAGUUGUGCCGUCCGGGUGAUGUCAGCUGCCUGUCUCGCGCGCCUGGCAAGAUGCAGUGGUCCUCAUGUGGGUCGCAGCGGUCUUCUCCAGAUGGGCCUAGUCCCGCUCCCAGUCCAGCACGACAGCCACCUCCAGUCCACGGUCUCCCGCAGACAUCUUCACAGCCCUUCGGGUCAGCAAUACAGCAGCACGCGCUUUGAUCCGGACAGCAGCGGCCGCCCAACCACUUGGGAUUCAUUUGGCAUCUGGGACAAUCGAAUCGAUGAGCCCAUCCUGCUGCCCUCCAGCAUUCGUUAUGGAAAACCCAUUCCCAAAGUUAGCUUAUCGAAAGUAGGCUGCGCUUCGCUCAUUGGACAACGCAAGGAAAAUGAAGACCGCUUCCAGGUCUCACAAAUGACUGACGACAUCCUCUACUUUGCUGUGUUUGACGGACAUGGCGGAUCAGAGGCAGCUGACUAUUGUGAAAAGUACAUGGAGAAAUACAUUGUGGAUCUUGUGGCAAAUGAGAACAAUCUGGAGCGAGUUUUGACGAAAGCUUUCCUUGAAGUAGACAAAGCUUUUGCGAGGCACUUACACUUCUGUCCAAACGUACCUGGGAUGAACGUAGGAACCACCGCCACCGUGGCCCUGCUGAGGGACGGUAUCGAGCUGGUGGUUGCCAGUGUGGGUGACAGUCGCGCCAUGUUGUGCCGCAAGGGCAAGGCCCUUAAACUCACUGACGACCACACUCCUGAGAGGAAGGACGAGAAAGAGAGGAUAAAGAAGAGCGGGGGUUUUAUCACCUGGAACAGUCUGGGACAACCAAACGUAAACGGCAGGUUGGCAAUGACGCGCAGCAUCGGAGACUUUGACCUGAAGAACAUGGGAGUCACAGCCGAGCCGGAGACCAAAAGAGUAUCGUUGCACCAUGCCCACGACUCGUUCCUGGCACUGACCACAGAUGGCGUUAACUUCAUUAUGAACAGCCAGGAGAUCUGCAAUGUCAUCAACCAGUGUCACGACCCCAAAGAGGCAGCUCAGAGAAUAUCGGACCAGGCUCUUCAGUACGGUUCGGAGGACAACAGUACAAUCAUUGUGGUGCCGUUUGGCGCUUGGGGAAAGCACGUGACUUCGGACACAAGCUUCUCGUUCAGCAGAAGUUUCGUGUCCAGCGGUCGCUGGGCGUAGUCAGCGGGACGUCAGGGUCCACGGAGCGGUCUGUGAACUGAAAACAAUGUGUGCAAUACAGCUGGCGCCCGUGAAUAUACACUUUAAGGAGUGCAGUUUGCCCAAACAAUGACACCUAAUGGCUACAACAUGUUAUAUAGAGAAGCAUGAUAUUCAUGAACCUCUGAAGUGAGAGGCUGUGAAUUCAUGACGUGCACUAAAUUAACUACUCCAUCUUUAUACACAGUUUUAUCCACUAGCAAGCCAAUGGCCUUUUAGGUGCUAAAUUCUGAGAAGAGUGUGAAUAGCAGACAUGACCUCAAGCUUGGUAAAUAUGUAGCCUGCUCAUCAGUAAGUCAGGCCAGUCGUCCUGAGUGGCUCACAUAUUAUUUUUUUAUUGCUUUAGCUGUUAACGCUGCCCAAAGUUGCACAUUUUAUUUUUAAGAUGGAUAAGUUGGUGACAUUUGUGCGCCUGGAUUUCAGCAGUUUUGGGUCAGCAGGUUUUACUGUAAUUUUGGACCAUUUCUCCAUGUUGAUGACAGGAAUACAUUUAUAGAACGGAUGACAACUCAACUGUAAUGAUUUGUCAAAUCAUUUGAGCGUUUUCAACCCUUGUAUGAACACACGGAUUCUAGGAAAUGUACUGUAUCAAACCUCUCAUGUCCUGAAACAACUUAAUUUCUUUUUUUGACAAAAAUAACUCACUGAUUUAUUUGUCAUUACAAAAAAUUAAGCACCACUGAAGAGCACGGAUGUCGAUUUGCACAAUCCUGAGGAUUUGAGACGAUAUAAGGAAACUGGCGAUCCAGUGGACGUGUAAAUAAAGCUGUUCAUAUGAAGAGCGUUUCAGUGGCUGGACAUGGCAUUUGAGCAUUAAUAUCUGUACUGACUCAAAGCCAGUCAUGUUGUUAUGGCACAAGGAUGUGUUCAGGGUACAGAAAUGUACAGUUUAUGUUUUGUAAAUAAUUAUAUUUAUGUACAUCUGGAGGAAAACUGAUAGUUCUCUUGUUACAUUUGCUUAAUAUUUCAGCUAAAUCACUUACAUUGGUUCACAUGUGCAGGAACUUUGCAUUGGUGUUUGUGUUGUGUGAAGCUACUUCAUCUUGAUUAUAAUACAGUAACUCCUGACUUCCACCAUUUGUGUUUGACUCAGACAGAACAAAGCACACUUAAUGCAACAGUUUAUAGUUGUUCUGCUAAGAGCCAUGUAUGACAAUGUGAAUGUUUGCUAAAUAUCCCUCCAUGACUAAAGGAUACAAUCAAACCCUGUUUGUUAUAGGAGAAACUAAGCUGUAUAAGUUGUUGUCGCACACUUAAUGUGAGUAAACACAUUUACCAAUGUAAGGCAGACUCAAACCAGUAGACUUGAUCAUUUUUGUUCACUGUUGAUAUUCUCAUUUGUUCUGUGGUUAACGCUAAACGCAGCACUUCGUAUUUAUCAGCGUUAUUUUAUCUGUGAAAUUUGCAAAAGUUACGUCGCUGUCGGCUUUUGUAGAUGUACUGUUUUUCUUCCACGUUCAGAACUUGUUUUAGUUUAAGGACAUUGUCUUAAUGCAUAACAGCUUCUCCCUCACAGCUGUCGUCUUCCGUUUUGUUUCUCUGUGUUUUCAAUAUUAUCCUGUACUUUGUUUCACUGCCUUUCAAAUAUAAUCACUGAAGCGUGAAUAUAUAUCUGGGACCUUGAUGUGACUGUUUUAACAACUCAGUGCUGUAUUUUUGGUCUAAAUGGUUUGUGACACUUAAAUUAAAAAAAAAUAUACACCAAA